GAGAACAUGAUAAAGGUGAUUAUUGAUUCGGAAGAAGCGGAAUCCCAGGAACGGAACCAUUCUGAAUGGGGACAAUCCCCCCCGUGUCCCCAGGUGACUCUGACGGAGGCCGAGCUGGAUGCGAUCAGUCCAUCCGACGAUGUGUCUAUAGGGAGGAGAAUGGCCGACAAAGUGAAGCAGAUGAGGAAAAUCCUACAAGUGGACGCAGAUAAUUCACUUUUACAUCGUCUCUGGUUUCAGGAUAGUAAACCUGUUAUCGGGAUCUUCUCCAGAGAAGCAGAGAGUCAGUAUUCCUGGCUGAUGAGCGCCCUCGGGUCACACCCUCACAGGGGUCGUAUUGCUGAGGUCCGGCCCUGCUGCAUCAGUAAUAAUGGCUUACAGCAGUUUUAUCAGGAUUUAUCUCUCUGCAAAUUCGGGAUCCUGUAUCACAGCAAGAACAGAGGGAGAAUCAAUGUGACCGAUGUGGUGGACGCCCUGUAUGAUGAGGAGCUGAAGGAUCUCUCCUCUAGACAUGGGAAGAGUAACGUCAUUGUGGUCAUAGAUGAUCUGGAGGACAGCAGUGAUCAAGAGAAACGCAGGAUUCUAAGUCAUCAGCCGAGUAUUGGGACAAUGGCCGCAGGUCUAUUCCUGAUCAGUCUCGAGGAGAAGAAAUCAAACUAUCAGAGAUAUCUCAUGGUGACCAAAGAACAAGCGGAGAAGAAACUGCAGAACCUGACAGAAGUGAUAAGAAAGAUGAAAUCUGGUGAAAAGGCAGAAAGAUUGAUGCCUUCACCUGGAGCAAGAGAAAAAUCUGGAAGAAAUGAGCAAAACAAAUCAGAAAGCAGAGAAGAUAUGAUCCAGACAAAAUCAGGCGCCCAGCAGGGUGAAAAGGCAGAAGGAUUGAUGUCUUUACCUGGAGCAAGAGAAAAAUCUGAAAAAAAUAAGCAAAACAAAUCAGAAAGCAGAGAAGAUAUGACCCAGACAGAAUCAGGCGCCCAGCAGGGUGAAAAGGUAGAAGCAAGAGAAAUAUCUGGAGAAAAUGAGCAAAACAAAUCAAAAAGCAGAGAAAAUGUAACCCAGACAGCAUCAGGCGCCCAGCAGGGGGAUGGUGAUGGAAGAUCUGGCCCCGUACCUGCAGGAAGCGAGAAACCUGUAACACAGCCGGAAAAAGGGAAUAUUAGAGACUAUUUAGAUGUGGAAUUUGCUCUUCCAGAGUUAAAUAAAAAGUCUAUCGGGAUCUUCUCGAGAUCCUCAGAGAGUGAAUAUUCCUGGCUGAAGAUGCUGCUGGAAUCACAGGAUUUCAGUAACUGUGUCCAGUCUGUCCGCUCCUGUCUUGUCUCCAACGUGUUCUCCGAGUUCUGUAAUGAGGUGACUCGGUGCAAAUUUGGGAUCCUGUAUCAUUCCAAGAACAGAGGAAGGAUCAAUGUGACCGAUGUGACGGACUCUCUGUAUGAUGAUGAGCUGAAGCUUCUCUCCACUACACUUGGAAAGAAGAACGUGGUUGUAGUGAUCGAUGACCUGGAUGACGCCAGUGAUGCCAUGAAGAAUAAACUUCUCAGCGCUCAGCACAGCAUCGAGAAACUGGCCCGAGAUCUGAUCCUCGUACAGCGCUCGUCAUCGGAGGAGAAGAGUAGGGCGACCAGAGACGCAUUGAAGAAGGUCUUCCAGUGACUGCAGGGAUCAUGUGGGGUAGUUGGGGAUAUCUUCACCAUCUGACAUCCUGACGAUUACAUUUCUGGUAAUGUCCUCCCACAGCUAAAUACAAAACCUGAAACCACGAGGACAGCAGAACAUAUAUCUUAUUACAUCUGUGUGUCCAUACAUUGUCACGCAUCUCCAGCUCAUCAUGGAGGUCGGUCGGUCAUAUGUUGGGACUUAAUCAGGAUCAGACAGUACGAUUUCCAUGUCUGGCAUUUAAGAUCUUAGCUAUGAGAACAAUAGAACACGUCCAAUAAUAUGUCUAUAACAGAGAUUCACUCUCCUGCAAUGUAUAUCUAUGGAGCCUAUAAUAAGUGGUGUGACCUACAAUCUAUGAAUAAAACCCUCUUUGUGAAGUCAGA